CUCCGGUUUGAGUCCCGUUUAAGUAGACGCUAGGGUAAAGCUGAAAUAGCCUAUCGAGGCUAUCAGCAUAGGUAUGAAAAAAAAUUACAUGAUUAGUUGCCCUAUGUGAGAGAUAGGAACGCACGAACCUCGGCCCAGCAGUAAAGGGCGCUAACUAUCACGGUUGUCGUUAUUGUUAUUCUAUUUUCAGCGACGACGCAGUUGGCGUCUGGCGAGUUCGAGUCGGUUCAACUUGGGGUAACAGUGGCGGCGUGGUGCAUCACGUGAACAGACACAUAAUACACCCAAACUACGGCAGAUGGUCUCGUGACAAUGAUAUUGCGAUCAUGCGCACUUCAAGCAACAUCAACUACGUGAACAAUGCUGUGCAACCGGCCCGCAUUCCUGGAUCAAACUACAACCUGGGCGACAACCAGGUAGUUUGGGCGGCUGGCUGGGGAGUCACUCGGUUCGGCGGCUCACUCUCUGAGCAACUUCGUCACGUCCAAGUCUGGGUCGUAAACCAAAGCGUCUGCAGGUCUCGGUAUGGUGGUAAUACCAUCACAAACAACAUGCUUUGCGCUGGCUGGCUGGACGUUGGCGGUCGCGACUCAUGCACCGGUGACUCUGGAGGUCCGCUUUAUCACAACAACGUGGUCGUUGGUGUGAGCUCUUUCGGAAAUAACUGCGGUCAUGCCCGCUACCCUGGCGUCUACGCUCGCGUAUCCCGGUACACUUCAUGGAUUCAAAGCAACUCUUAAUUCAAUUUAUUAUAUUACUUUCUGUCAUAAAAUAAAUCAUAUAAGCUGAGGAUUCCAGUAUUUUAUUUGAUUGAAUUGUUUUAAACUUUCGCGGCCAUCUACGUUAAGUCUGAACUGAUGAUAGGACGUCUUGCGAGUCCGCGCGGGUAGGUACCAUCACCCAGCCUGCAUAUUUCUACCGUGAAGCAGUAAUGCGUUUCGGUUUGAAAUGUGGGGCAGUCGUUUACUGUAAAAACUGAGACCUUAACAGUUAUGUCUCGAGGUAGGUGGCGGCAUUUACUCGAAAUAUUAAGGAUAUUAAGGACUCUUUAAAUGUGAAUACCGUGGUAAGAAUCAGAUAACCAGUAGUGUAUGUAAUAUUGGUUCGUUUGAUUGCAGUUUGGCUCCUUUGGAUAGCUAUAUCAUAUACAGUGUACUAAUAAAAUAAGUAGACAGUUACAUUGUCAAUCUCCGAAAAAUUCGUCAAUCUCCGAAAACACUUCUUAAUUAUCGUCAAAUAAUUGGAUUAGUGUGAUUUCGUUUAAUACCCCAUUCAUAUCAGGUGAGAAAAUCCAGCUGUUUAAUCAUACUUAAUCGAAUUUUGUAUUAGUUUUAAAGUCUUCAUUGACUCAAUCAUAAUAACAAUCUGUGACAAUGCUAUGCGUAAAAAUUCUAUUGUUAUCACUGAGAACUUAAGUAAGUUGUGCUUUGAUGCCGAAGUUUACUUAAACGUGGGUUUUUGAAGUAAUUUUCUGUUUAGACAGCGCCUUAAAACAAUUAAUCACGCAA